AAAAAAGGAAUAUAUUUGGAGAUUUUAAUUGUUAAAAAAAAAAAAAAAAAAAAAAAGUCUUCUUUCUUGACCUCAACGUUCUUAUUUCCUGCAAGAUUAUUCUUGAAAACUGUGAAUGAUCAAUAGAGAGCAUGCAUUUGAAAACUGGAUUAAUAUUUUUCAUCGUUUGCUUUGCUCUCCAAGUUCAAGAAAGCAGAGAAAGCCCUAGUAAAAUAAAUCAUGAAGCCAAACAUCUAGCAGAUGCCUCAGGGUCAGACAAAACAGAAAGAACAACAAAGAGGUCCAGAGUGUCAACCAUAAGGCGGAUAUUUGACAUGGCAAAACACCGAACAAAGAGGUCAUCCUUUUUCUCAACUGGUGUGAAAGUUUGCCCACAAGAAUCAGUGAAGCAGAUUUUAGCCAGUCACCAAGCUUAUUAUAGAUUAAGAGUCUGCCAGGAAGCUGUGUGGGAAGCCUUUCGUAUUUUUCUGGAUCGGAUUCCUGAUACUUCUGAAUAUCAGAACUGGGUUACUGCCUGCCAGAGGGAAACCUUCUGCAUAUUUGACAUUGGCAAAAACUUCAGCAAUUCCCAAGAGCACCUGGAAAUAAUCCAACGGCGAGUAAAACAUAGAACCUUCCAGGAAAGGAAAGAUGAAAUAUCCACAGAAAAAACAGGUGGCAAAAAGCUGGAAGACAUUCCUUCUGUUUCUACAGGUCCCCCUGGCUCUUCCCUCCCUCCAUAUGCACCGAUACCUAAUGGCACACUGCUCAAUGAAAUUGUCAAUGACACGAAGACUCCUGUGAAGGAACUAGGAACAAAUACAGUCCCAGAACUGCCUGCAGAACAAAUGGUAGAAUUCAGUGUCACUCUCACUGAUCAGGAGUACACAGCUGAACUUAAUGACCCCAACUCUCCACAGUACCGACAACUAGCUGCCAAAUUUCAGCUACAGAUGCAAAAAAUAUUUGAGAAGCUUCCAGGAUUUAAAGAAAUCCACGUAUUAGGAUUUAAACAGAAGAAGGAGAAAGAUGGAUCAAGCAGCACUAUAGCACGAUAUGUGGUAAACUUUGAGAGAGAUGGCUCAGAAAUCAAAAGCACUGUAGAUGACAUCUCAACUAUUGGAUCAAAUAAGGUUGAAAAUGAAAAGACUCCACUUUCUCCAAAGGAAGAGAGGGAGAUAUCAGCAACUAAACUCACAGUAACAGACCUUCAGCAACUGGUUGCCACAGCACUCCAUGAAGACAGAUCCCUGCCAGUGGACCUUGGGACACUUCGGUUUACUGACGAAUCUAUUAAACCACCUAGUGAUUUUGAUAACGAUAUCCAGGCCAUGGUCACUAUUCCUCUGGCAGGCCCUGAUUUGGAGGACACCAUGGCUGUGGAACUCCCCCUGGGUUAUCCUAGCCCAGCAACAGUAGGCCAAACAGGAGACAUCUUAGUCAAUGAAUUUACAACUGAAAUACCUGUGCUAAGUGGAGAGAUCAGUGCACCUGAAGACUUUGAUAAUAAUUUUGUCUCAUCUGAACCUGUGUACCCUACCAAACGCCCCAGAGAAUCAUCUCAGGACAAAUCUUCUCCAGCCACAGAAGAUACCACUACUACUUACCAAAGUUUCACAGUGCCUUUCAAUGUUCUGGUUAGUACUGACAGUUCUCCAAAACCAGAAAAUUCCUAUUUGCCUCCUCCAGCAGAUGAGUCGGCUAGCAAUAACUUAGUCACGGAUGACUAUGAGUCUCCAACGGAGCAGGCUGUCACUCUGGCAGUUUAUACCACUGGUAGCUUUACCCCACCUAAUCUCCUGCAAGCCACAGAUGAGAAUACUGAAGCUGAGGGGAAGAAGGAACUGGCUGGAAUAACAGAACUGCCUUUGGAGGAAGCUGACCAAGAUGGUCUGUUUGGCCAAGCAGUGAAGAUUAUGGAUGAACUAGAAUCAUCGGGUGAUGACCUUUUAUUUACAACCAGCUCUUAUAAAACAUUGCCUUUCUUUAUUGGUGCAAGUGAUCUCUCUGUCACGCAGACUGGAGAGCUUAUUGUCGACGUGCUGCCAUCAGAGCAAACAACACUGCUGCCUGCAGUGACCAGUCCAACCUACAGCCAGUCCAUCAUCAUCGACCAGUCCUCCGAAGCACCAGAUCCCUUGGUGCCAGCAGCUGGCACCAUUCCCCCCGACAGUGCCGGGACAGAAGUGCAGGAUAUCGCUGGUGAGUUGGAUGGCAUCGGUGUGGUGAGCACAGCAGCGCUGGAUGAAGCAGAGCAUGGCAGUGGUUACAUCUCAGUGCUGACGAGUGAGCCGGCAGAAGCCACCCCAGCUCCUACGUUGAAGUAUGUAACCACCAGCUCCAUGACGACUGCAGCCAAAGGCAAAGAGCUGGUGGUUUUCUUCAGCCUGAGGGUGACCAACAUGCACUUUUCUGAUGACCUCUUCAAUAGGAGCUCGACAGAAUACAAAGCGCUGGAACAACAGUUCAUGCAACUGCUCCUUCCAUACCUGCAGUCCAACCUUACAGGCUUUAAGCAACUGGAAAUACUUAACUUCAGGAACGGAAGUGUGAUUGUCAACAGCAAAAUGAAAUUUGCUAGAACAGUGCCAUAUAAUAUCACAGAAGCAGUACACUGUGUCUUGGAAGAUUUCUGUGAUGCUGCUGCCCAACGCCUCAAUUUGGAAAUUGACAGCUAUUCCCUGGAUAUUGAGCCAGCUGAUCAGGCAGACCCAUGCAAAUUCAUGGCAUGUGAUGAAUUUUCUGAAUGCAUAAUGAACGAGUGGACAAAAGAGGCUGACUGCCUUUGUAAACCUGGUUACACAAGCCAAGACGGAUUACCCUGCCGGAGCCUGUGUGAGAUGGAACCGCAUCUUUGUGUCAAUGGUGGGAACUGUGAGUUAGUUCCAGGAAAAGGAGCUGUCUGCAGGUCACCAGACGAGUUUACAAAGCCAGGACUGACGAGUUAGUCUCUGAAAUUCUGCAUUUCCAGCAUCAGCCAGACAAAAACAAGGUACUCAGAAUAACACAGUCUGCAUUACUCAAGACAGCAGUUCAGGUUGACAAUGCACAUGAAAAAAAAUCGAGGAUUCCUACAGACGUAUCACUUUCUCUUCAAAAAUUAGUACACAUUUAACACAUCAUAUUAAAGAAAAAUAACACUAUCAGGUCUAUCAACUAUCUGACCAUGUCCAAAAUUUGUCUGGUAAGAGGUCACCAGUGUUAAGAUGCCUGCACUAAGCAUCCAGUGUGUAUAUAUCUUAAUCAUAUUUUUAUUUCACAUUCUUGGGCUAGAAAUGGAUUUUGCUCAAAAGUGGCAUUUUUUGCAAUACUGUAUUAACUAAUACUGUACAACCACUCUGGUAAAAAUGCAGAUCAAACUUUCAAGCAGACCUACACCAUUUAAUUAACUUUUCUUACCAACACUAGAGCAGAGUAAGCAGCAAACAUGAAAAUUUAUGAGCUGUCAUUAGUAAAGGUCUUACCUCUUCCCACAGGUACAUUUAAAGUGUUUGGGAACUUCUCCAUUCUCUCCUUACUAUGCUCACACUGCAAAUCACACAGAAGUUGGAAAUAUUUUUUAAUGGCUUCCUUGAAAAUCAGAUUCCUGUUUUUCUGUUAAUAAAAGCAUGAUGUAUAUACAUAUGUACAGAUACACUUCACUGCUUAAUUCCUGGUGACAGAAUCACAACGGUUUGAGUUGGCAGGGCCCUCUGGAGGCCAUCUGCUCCAACCCCUGUUCAAGCAGGACCACCUGGAGCAGGUUGCUCAGGACCACGUCCAAGUGGCUGCUGAACACCUCCAACAGAGUUAAACUGUCUUCUCCUUGAACUUCUCCUCAAACUGUCUUCUCCUUCAAAAUUUUUGAAGAGAAAAAAUAUUUGCAGUUUUCUUCAUCGUUUAAGAACAUGAGAUUUACAUUCACAACUACCUUCCUAGUAGCAAGUACAAAGCCAUGCACAAACGUACUUUAAAUUCAGUGUAUAACUUUGAAAGGUUACUAUUAAUUUUUCUAGAAGAAAUCCGGGCAGACAAUGGGUGGCCAUUAAUUACUUAUAGGCUUAGCAAUUUAUGCCCUACAGAUCCACCAUCCUGAUUCAAAUAUAAGCAUUACUUUACUUUGAACAUCUUUUUCUUGAGUGUACAUAUAUAUAUAAACAUAUAUAUAUGCACCAUGGCAGUGCUGUAUAACAUUUAGGCACUGUUUGCUGCUUGGCACACACCAGAAGUUGUAUUUACAGCUCAAAGCGAGCUUCUGCAAAGUUCAUGACUACACUGGAUGACAGCUCCUCAUUCAGACGUGAAACUUUCACAUAUUCAGGAUAGUGGCUGAUUGUAGUUAGAGCUCUUUUUAACUGUUAGUACCACAUGAUUACCAUAGCAAAGACUGAAGUUUAGUUUACAUUAUUAUAUACACCCCUCAGCAGUGCCCAUUUACAAACUUAGUUAAUAUAAACAAUUAACUGCACAAACAGGUCUCCUUGAAAAAAAAAA